CGAAGCCGUAAAUGGAAAUCAACGGACCGGCCCACGUCUCCCUUCCCUUUCUCGAUGCUGACCGUGUUACAUAUGUUUUACGGGAUACCUGCCGUCGUUUUCACUCUCUGUGCGACUUGACGUGGACGGUCGCUCGACGAUUCCUGCCAUACAGUCAAGAAGCUUCGUCUGCUAAGCGAAUAGUUCUGCCAGCCCAAGCGACUCGCCAACGAUGUGUGGCAUCUUUGCAUACCUCAACUACUUAGAGCCUAAGUCCAGGCGGGAAAUCCUGGAAUGUCUCAUCAAGGGUCUGCAGAGGUUAGAAUAUCGGGGCUACGACUCCGCAGGUGUUGCGUUUGAUGGAGAUUCUGAAGGCAAAGAGAUUUCCAUCAUUCGGAAAAUAGGCAAGGUCAAGGUACUCGAAGAUGCGAUCUGGACGAACGAAGAGUUGGAUCUGGAUCGGGAACACCAAAUCCACGUGGGAAUUGCUCACACCCGAUGGGCGACCCACGGUGCGCCGAGCGACCUCAACAGCCACCCUCACAGAUCGGGACCAGAAAAUGAGUUUGUGGUAGUUCACAACGGCAUCAUCACAAACUACAAGGACAUCAAGCAGUUCCUAGUUCAGAGGGGUUUCCAGUUUGAGUCAGACACGGACACGGAAGUCAUCGCCAAGUUCAUCAAGCACCUUCACGACACGCACCCGGACCUCUCUUUUCGAGAGCUGGUGGAGCAAGUCAUCCAACAGUUGGAAGGAGCCUUCGCACUUGUAUUCAAGAGCAACAAAUAUCCCAACCAAUGCGUCGCAACGAGGAGGGGCAGCCCAUUGCUGGUUGGUCUCAAGACAAGAUCUUACCUUUCGACUGAGUUUAUUCCAGUACUGUACAGUAAAGGUGGUGGUGGUGGUUUUGCUUUUGACAGCAAGUCCAUAGGAAGCCCAAUCUGCUACGACACGGCGCCAGAUCACCGCCCGAGAGAAGACGUGGCCAAAACUACGACCGGGGGCAUUCACCGUACAAACUCUACGACCGAAUUUGUACCGCCUGGUGACGAAAAAGAAAUCGAGUACUUUUUCGCUUCCGACGCGAGUGCCAUCAUUGAGCACACCAACAGGGUCAUCUUCCUCGAAGACGACGACGUCGCCGCCGUUUCGGAUGGUCACCUGUCGAUCCACCGGCUAAAACGGACGCUCGACGAGAAUGUCAACCGGGAAAUCAUCACGCUCAAGAUGGAGAUUCAGCAGAUCAUGAAGGGAAACUUCAGUUCAUUCAUGCAGAAAGAGAUCUUUGAGCAGCCAGAAUCUGUCAUCAACACCAUGCGAGGCAGAAUGAACUUUGAGAAAGAGUGUGUAAUCCUCGGGGGCAUAAAAGACUACAUUGCAGAAAUCAAGCGUUGCAGACGGCUCCUCCUGAUUGGUUGUGGUACCAGCUACCACAGUGCCGUUGCUACACGGCAAAUACUGGAAGAGCUGACAGAACUUCCUGUCAUGGUGGAACUGGCCAGUGACUUCCUCGACCGCAACACCCCAAUUUUCAGAGAUGACGUCUGCUUCUUCAUUUCACAGUCAGGCGAAACAGCUGACAGCUUGAUAGCCCUGCGAUACUGCAAACAGAGAGGAGCUCUGAUUGUGGGAAUCACCAAUACCGUCGGCAGCAGCAUCUGCCGCGAAAGUCACUGCGGAGUGCACAUCAACGCUGGUCCUGAGAUUGGUGUCGCUAGCACCAAGGCCUACACCAGCCAGUUCAUCUCUCUGGUGAUGUUCUCCCUGAUGAUGUGCGAAGACCGCAUUUCCAUGAGGCCCCGACGCAGCGAAAUCAUCCGGGCAUUGCAGAGGCUUCCAGACCAAAUCAAGGAGGUCCUCGAGUUGGAUAACGAAGUGAAGGAGCUGGCCGAGCAUCUGUACCAACAGAAGUCCUUGUUGGUCAUGGGACGGGGGUACAACCACGCCACCUGCCUCGAAGGCGCCCUGAAAAUCAAGGAGUUGACGUACAUGCACUCCGAGGGCAUCCUGGCCGGGGAGCUGAAGCACGGACCUUUGGCCCUGGUGGACAAGGCAAUGCCCGUCAUGAUGGUCGUCACCCGGGAUCCUGUCUAUCCGAAGUGCAUAAAUGCUUUGCAGCAGGUGAUUGCUCGUGAUGGCCGACCGAUUGUUAUCUGCGAAAAAGGUGAUGAGGAGACAAAGAAGAUGUGCUUCAAGUCUCUGGAAGUCCCGCACACUGUGGAUUGCCUGCAGGGAAUCCUGACUGUCAUCCCACUUCAACUCAUGUCCUACCACAUCGCUGUGCUUAGGGGAUGCAAUGUGGACUGUCCGAGGAACUUGGCAAAAUCUGUAACAGUCGAAUGAUGUCCCUACACGUGACAUUUCUGCAGCGGUGACUUACAGGAGCUCCUGCAGGAGUUGCAGACUCCCUGCACAUUGCACGUUGGCAACAGGAGACUCGUCGAAAGCACUUAGUAUUACAGUGUUACAUUUAAAAGUGCACACUGCUGUAUACAGAGUGUAGAAGGAAGAAUUGCUUGCAUUCCAAUAUAAAAUACAAGCAGAGAAGCUGUGUUAGCACUGAAGGUGCUGACAGUACGAACGAUGUGAUAAUGUUUUUUUAUGAGUGAUACGUAUAACAUUAAAUACCAGAUUUUUAAACAGCGUCCUAAUAAAUACAUUGUAUGCAAUGAGA